AAUGAAUUCGCAAGCUCCAAAGAGACGUGGCCGUCCAGCGAAAGCAAAAGCUGCUGCAGCUGCAUCUGUUCCAACUACAGACAAAUCGCCACCGAAGCCUAAAUCUCCAAUUAGUGCUCCAAAUGGUGAAGCCAAGUCUCCAGUCAAACCUCUUUCUCCAGUCAAGCCGUCUUCUCCAGCUAAAUCCCCUGUUGUUGCCAAAAAGGGACGUGGGCGUCCUAAGGGUGCUGCUGUUGUGAAGAAAUCACCGCCAAAGAAGCCGGUGGCGAAGUCUGUGGCUAAAGGUGGAGUGACGAAGAAAGCUGGUGCUGGAAAACGUGGACGUCCGGCGAAGAAGAAUGCAGCUUCAGAGGAGAGCAGUGGGGAUGACGCAGCCAAGAACAACACCUCUCCUUCUAAAUCGCCUUGA